AUGCUCAUCGGAAUAUGUGGUGCAAAAUGCGCCGGUAAGAACACAGUAGCCCAGUACCUAAUAGAUCACCACGGCUUCAAGAAAUUGUAUAUAGAUCUGCCAGCACCCCAAAGGGACACUUCUAGUUUAGUGCAGCCCAAGUCCGAGACAGAUUCGACCACUAGUCCUGACAGUAUCAAGAGCUAUACGCCUCUGCACUUGAAACAGACAUCUGCAUCUCAUAGUUUCCCCAACAUCGCAGCGCUACUCGACUUCGUAACGAAGCACUGGCGCUCGCGAUGGGUGACAACAAACAUCCACGAUGAGGCGGCUCUGGAGGUCAUAAGUCGUCGGCCCUUUUUUAUCUUAAUCAGCGUCGACGCACCACUCACCGUCCGUUGGCGACGCCACCAGCAUCGACACAACGGGAGCCAGGAGACGAGCGCUUCAGACCCCAUCAGUCUCGAGGACUUUGUCUCUGAGUCCGAUCAACACCUAUACGAUGCCUCCACCGGCGUUCUGCCGCUCAUGUCACGGGCCGCUAUCAGGUUGCUGAAUACCUCCUCGGACCUGGCGCAUCUCUACGCCACACUGGGAAAGCUCGACCUAACCAACCCCGACCGCCUGCGUCCUAGCUGGGAUAGCUACUUCAUGUCGUUGGCCUCGUUGGCGGCUCAGAGAUGCAAUUGUAUGAAGCGGGCAGUAGGGUGCGUGCUCGUGGACUCUAAACAUCACGUCAUCAGCACGGGCUACAAUGGGACGCCGAGACACCUGCAGAACUGCGGGGAGGGCGGAUGCCCGCGGUGUAAUGCCGGGGAGAGCAGCGGGGUAUCGCUUUCGACCUGUCUUUGUCUCCAUGCGGAAGAGAACGCUUUGCUCGAGGCUGGCCGUGAGAGAAUUCGCGAUGGGAGCAUCCUCUAUUGCAACACAUGUCCGUGUCUGACGUGCAGCAUCAAGAUUGUGCAGGUGGGUAUCGCUGAGGUGGUGUAUAAUCAGGGUUAUAGCAUGGACACGGAUACGGCACAAGUUUUCCAAACCGCAGGCGUUAGAUUGAGGCAAUUCUCUCCGCCAGCCAACGGUCUAAUCCAUCUAGAGAAGAUGGAGCUCUAUUGA